UGACGUCUCUAGCACGGAGAUACAGUGCCUUAGACCGCUGCGCCAGUCGGGAGCCCAUUUAUGUCGAGAUGCAUCUCUUCUGGUGGAUCACCCACAUCUUUCUAUCCCUACCUUCUCUCCUCUCUCUUGUCCAAUCCCUCACGUGCGACCAGGAGAAGCAGUAUGCUUGGCCACAAUCAGUGAGCCAAUGGUGCUGCGACAUGUGUCCACCAGGUCAGCAUAUGGUGGGACGCUGCACCGGUCAGAACAGCCCUACCCAGUGUGCUAACUGCACCAGCGGCUACUACUCAGACAGCUACAACUUCGACAGAAGCUGCACAUCCUGCGAUGGCUGCAGCAUGAGUGAGCUGCAGUAUGUAUCCCGCUGUUCCACCAAGCAGAAUGAUGUGUGCAGCUGUAAACCAGGCUACCGCUGCAGAGGCAGUGGCCCCUGUCUGGACUGUGAGGAGAUCCCCAGCCCGAACACACCCAAACUCAUACCGACACCUCCCAUCAUGCCAGCUACAGCGUCAAACCACUCGGUGUCUGGUAUGCAUAAUCAUAGAUCUAAGCCUGUCACCAAACCUGGUACUGGGCACAGCACAAAACCAAACCAAGAUGAUAGCAAGUGGCUCCCGGUGUGUGUGUCUGCAGUGUGUGUGUGUCUACUGCUCACCUGCCUUGUUGCCAUCUCAAAGCUCAAACCUGUUCUGCGAUGGAUUGGUUCAACAAACAGCUUCUGGUCUCCCAAAAAGACUACUCCAGCGAAUCAGAGCACAGCGGACGAGGAAGUGCCCAUGCCGGUCCAGGAAGUGUGUGGAAAGCCAGAGCUGCUACUGGACGUAUGAUGGAGGAAGUGGGUGUCGAAGGAGAGGAUGAGAACUCACAAGCGAGCUGGGAGACCCGGGAGACAAACAGACUACCUCACAUUCCCAUUGAAGUUAAACUAACCUGAAGGCUAGUCAGGCUGCUGUAUUGUUUUAAUGCAGUGGCUUCUGUUCUAGGACUUUCAGAAAGGACAAGAAAAUAGGACAAAAAGACACUUUGAAGUAUGAAGACACAGGCUAAAGAUGAGAGAGGGAGUGGGAGUCUGUGACUGAGAAAGAGCGGAGAGUGAGAGUGAGAAACGAAGAGUGAACAAGAGAGACAGAGAGAGACAGACACGCACACAUGCACACACACACACACAAUCAUUUGUGUGCUGAGUACAUGUACUGUACAUGUUUAUGUUGAAGAUGUUUUACACCUUCAUUACAAUUAUGCUUUUUGCUGUAUCUAUGCUUUAUGCCAGUGUUUACUCUUACAUAGUAGUGGCUGUUUAAAACAUACAGUGCUGUAUUUUAAAUAAAGAACAUAAUCACAAA